AUGAAGGACCGUGAGACCGGUCGAUCCCGAGGUUUCGGUUUCGUUACCUACGGUACCCCCCAGGAGGCUGAGGCUGCUAUCGCUGCCAUGAACGAGCAGGAGCUCGACGGCCGACGUGUCCGAGUCAACCUCGCCAACUCUCGAGGUGCCGGUGGUGGUGGUGGUGGUGGCUACGGUGGUGGCUACAACUCUGGCUACGGUGGCGGUUACGGCGGUGGCCAGGGCGGCUACGGCGGUGGCCAGGGUGGCUACGGUGGUGGCCAAGGCGGCUACGGUGGUGCCCAGCAGGGUGGUUACCAGUCCGGCGGCUACGGUGGCCAGGGUGGCUACGGUGGUGGCCAAGGCGGCUACGGUGGUGCCCAGCAGGGUGGCUACCAGUCCGGCGGCUACGGUGGUGAGCAGCAGGGCGGUGCCCAGGGCGGUUACGGUGGCGGCUACUAA